GCACUUCACCUCGACACGGACUGAGAUGGAUAAACUGACCAUCAUUUCAGGGUGUCUCUUUCUGGCUGCGGAUAUAUUUGCCAUAGCAAGCGUCGCAAACCCGGACUGGAUCAACACAGGCGAGUCUGCUGGUGCGCUGACUGUGGGUUUGGUGAGGCAGUGUCAGACCAUUCACGGCCGAGACAGGACCUGCAUCCCUCCUCGAUUGCCGCCUGAGUGGGUCACCACGCUGUUCUUUAUCAUCAUGGGCAUCAUCUCCCUCACAGUUACCUGCGGCCUUCUAGUGGCAUCACACUGGCGCCGAGAAGCCACAAAGUAUGCGCGGUGGAUAGCCUUCACAGGAAUGAUCUUGUUCUGCAUGGCAGCGCUCAUCUUCCCCAUUGGCUUCUACAUUAACGAAGUGGGCGGCCAGCCGUACAAGCUGCCCAACAACACCGUGGUGGGCUCGUCCUACGUGCUCUUCGUGCUCUCCAUCUUCUUCACAAUAGUAGGGCUGUUGUUUGCAGGAAAGGUCUGCCUGCCUGGCUGAGGAUGCCGUUUUCUCCAAGGAUUGUCCAGGAGCUUUUGGAUUUUUUUUUUCGAAGAGGAACAAAAAAUAGCAGUGCUCGCUGUGGAGGAGAGCUGUCAGACGUGGGAUGGUGACACUCCAGAUUAACAUCUAACUCAGAAAAUGCCAGGGCACUCACUUUCUGCACAAUCUGUGGGUCCUGUCAGUGUCCCCCAGAAACCAACCUGAGCUUAUUUGUUGCACCUGUCUUUACGUUGUACUUCGGAUUGUCCGUCCAACGCAGGACAGAGGAGCCUGGGAGGGGAUCACCUGCGUUCCAGGUGAUGUGAGGGCUCACACUGAAGAUUUCAUGCUUAAUUUUGUCCCUCAUGAGCAUAUUUUUUGUUCAGUUACUAUAAUUUUACUCCAGCAUUGUACAGUUUUGUAUGGAUACAACAUGCACAUUUGCUAAAAGGAAGAUGUGAGGCUCCACAUUGCCUUCAUCAGUCCAUCAGUGUGCUUCAGAGCAGAGGAUGAAUAUCUGAAUGAUGUGCAUAUGUGAGAGAACUCAGUAGAAAAAACAUUUUGUUAGAAACACUACAGGAAACAGAAGCACUAGGACUGCCGGUCAGGACCCUGUGAGGCCGAGCCUCACUGUGCUAACUCCCUCACCUGAGAGACUUUUUACACACGCACACACAAACACACACACACAGAGGUCUGGUGACCAAAAUGAACCGCUACCUGCCCUUGUAUGCAUCCUGGGCUCCAUCAGGUCAGUGUUUGAGAAGGCCAGAGAGAGGGAGACCUGUUCUGUCCUUUAACCUGAUUACGUUUUUUCCUUGUCCUGAUUUGAUCUUCUGACACUCGGGACAUGUUCGGGGUUAUUCGUUAACGUGCCAUGAAUCUGUUUCCAUUGUAUCAGUACUAAGGGCAGACUCGGUUAGAGGGAGCACUGUGCAGUAAAGCCAUUAGUAUUUGAAACACCGCAGAUGUACAAAAAAAGAGACCUCCUUACCUCAUUGUUUUUGUAAUUCAAACAUUUUUUUUUCCUUUGCUAACCAUAACGUUGUGUGCCCUGUAAGUUAUAUCUUGCCUUGGUCAGAGACAUUUAUCGAAAAAAAAAAAAUGCUGUGAUCAUUGCAAAUUAUUUAUCUGACACUGAAUAACAGGAGAACAAGAAUGUGUGAGUGACCUUUUUUUUUUUUUUUUUUUUUUUUGUUGAAGUAAUCCUUAUUUUAAACCAGUGUAUCAUGCAAGAGUGUAUAUUUACAAGGACUUGGAAUCUGUAUUAUUUUGAUGUUUGUAUGAAUUGAAGGUCAGUUUUCUCCUUAGGAAAGGUUGCUCUGUAUGAAAUAUGUUGCUCUUAUUGUUUCUUAUUUGACCCAGCCUUCGUCCCAGAAAAGAAUUACUCUUCAACAAGUGAACAAUUGCCUAUACAGUUGUUAUUUUAAUAAUUUUAUCACCUCUUCAGUAAAUUAUCCUUUUUUUAAUAGAGGAAUUGCAUCACACAAAGCCGAAAAGUAUUCAUCCAUACUUUAUGUGCUUCAAACCCAGGUAUAGGAGUAUAUAUCAUUUGGCAGCAAUCCUGUUUAUGUGAUAUGAACUCCAGUUUGUAAUAGGAGUGAUUGAAGAAUAAAUGACAGGGUCUGGUUGUCUGUGUGUGUGUGUGUAUGUGUGUGUGUGUGCGUGUGUAUGCUAAAGAGACAGCCAGUAGUGGAAGACACCACAUACAUCCAGCUUUGGAUUUAGGAAAAAAAAAAAAUCACAAAAUGGAAAUAAAACAAAUAAAAGUGACUUUACAUAAAGGUUAAGGAAUAGGUAUUAUUUAUGACUACAGACGUACAGAUUAUGUAUGAAUAACAGUAUUAUCUAUAAAAAGGAUAUUAGCAUUCCUUGUGCACAGUUACUGUUAACAGAUCCAUAUUACUGGCAAGACAAUUGUUUUUUCCUUCUGCUUCACUAUUUCACUGUAUAAAAUAAAAGGCAUUAAAAAAGCCUUCUUGGCUGAUAUUAAAUGAGCUUUUAAAUAA